CAAGGCGUCUCGGCUGGUGCACGCGCUUGUCUGAGUCGCUCCUCUCCCCGUCGCUGGCUGGCACGCCCGCGAGGCCCAAGAGGCCCAAGAGCCAACCAACAACAGGUUUGAGAGUUCGCGGAGGCCAGGCCUGUGUAGUACCGUUACAGAAUCUCAGGCGGAACAAAGAAACGAACCUGCGCGACACCCGACUAGAAUGCUACUCGACGGCGCGACUAGUCCGGGAUCUGUCUGUCGAUCGACCUUAAAGGCCAUCUCCACGUGCUGUGGCACUUUUAAUGAUCCUGCCUAGGAUGCCGCAUGCGGCCGAAAUGAGUGCCGUCGUGGUGGGUAGUAGCCGUCAUGCCACAUGGUUGUCCCCCCUGGGUAGUGUACAGUACUACUACGUAUGUAGUAUGUACUAGUAGGGUUACCAGGGGGGUGGGAGGGGGGAGUAGGGGGUUUGGUUGGCUUGGAUUGGGAUGGUCGGGUUGGGAGGUAAGCAAGCCAAACAACAACAACAACAACAACAACAACAACAACAACAACAACAUCAUCAUCAUCAUCAUCAUCACCACCAACACCAGGAACUGUCAUCACGAACCAUGGCAUGAUGUUGCCCUGCUGCUUUCUGGGUUGGGUGAAAUUAAAGGCCAGCCUCCUUGUUGCCCUCGUGGGGUUUUAACUUUCCAUUCCCGGUCCCUGAUUCAGAAUGUUUCCUCUCAUUCUGUCCUGGAGGGAGAGCUAUCGGCUCCGAUCUGUUCGGAAAUACGAAAUUCAUCUAACCUUAGAAACAAAUCACAGGACAACUUCGAUACUCUGCUUUCCCUUUCCUUCUGUUUUUCCCCACCCCUAUCUGUCCAAAGUACGCGCCAGGAUUGAGCGCUCAGGCUGAGCCAAAACCAAAAAAACACCCUACGACGAACCUAUCCGAUACCAUAACGA